CUCAUCACAUAUAAACAUAUUCAAAACCCUAAAACGCAAACAUUUAAGAACUCUGUUCUUAAAUCUAAUAAUGUCUCCUGGAGUUCCCAUCAAAGCUAGAGGAUUAGUUCAUAGCAUUAACGGAGGAGGAGGAACAGGGACGAAGUGUGGACGGUGGAAUCCUACGGUGGAGCAAGUGAAGCUUCUGACGGAUCUGUUCAAGGCAGGGCUGCGAACACCGAGCACCGAUCAGAUUCAGAAGAUCUCUACGGAGCUGAGUUUGUACGGUAAGAUCGAGAGCAAGAACGUGUUCUAUUGGUUCCAAAACCAUAAAGCUAGGGAGAGACAAAAGCGCCGCAAAAUCUCCUCCGUUGAUUUUGAUCAUCGUCAAGACACAGAUCUCUCUGCUAGCCCUCGUCGAUACAGACCACGUCUUCAUCAACCACAACGUAAAGUUUGUGACGAAGAAGAAGAGAAAGAGAUAGAGACGUUGCAACUAUUCCCGUUAUCGAAGGUUGAGAGAGUGAGAGCAAACUUGACUAGUGCGAGCCACAACGAAUACACACGAGAGCAAGCCUAUACGACGGCGUUUUCCACAUACUCAACAUGUGGAGCUGAGAUGGAACACCCGCCAUUGGAUCUCCGAUUAAGCUUUCUAUGAAGUGGUUUGCUUUUGAUAUUAACGACUGAUCUAGUGGAUGGGAAAAAAAAAGGACAUGAAGAUCACAAUUACUUUAGAACUAGCUACCUAUAGAUCUUGGUCUAUAUGCAUGAGCAUGAGAUAAUUAAGACCCUAUUUUGGAACUAUAUGUUUAGAACUGAAAUUAACAUGAUCGAUCAGUUUCACUCGGCUGAUAUAGGACUUUUAAGAUCAAGUUGUAGUAAAAUUAUGAUUGUCCUACCAUGGGAUCAUAAGAGGGCAACUUCUACUUGUAACAAAUUAUUACCCCUUUCUAGAAGUUAAUUAUAUAUAUUGUUGUUACAUUCU